CUGGCCAGGACUCCACGGCCAGCUUUGGUUCCACUCUUUUCCUUGUGGAAACUGAGGCCUGCAAGUGGGUAGUUUGCAGCAGUGGUCCUGCCCCAGGCCCAUUCCCCUAGCACAUCCAGCGACGGACCUGCCCUGGGUGAGGGGGCAAAGCAGGUGCAGAGGCUGCUGGUUCGCUGGAAACCUCCAAGUCCCAGCCAGAACACACCGGAUGCUCAGCGUGUUUGGCUGCAGUUGGCAACGUUGGUGGCCUGGGCCGGAGCAAUAAGGUGUGGUCCCAGGGAACGCUAGAAAUGCUGUAUUUUAUUUAGGGCAGGACAGAGCUCUGGAACUUUCAAGAUCCCGGCUCCUUACCACCGCGGCGGGCUUCCCUGUUGGCUACAGAUGGCUGGAGGCAGGGUAGGUCUACAGUGCCCCGGCGCUCUCCAGCACUGCGCCCCAGCUGGGCCAGCUUAUGAAGUUCCUGGGGACAUUCAACCCCACACCGAGCCGAUCACGAAUGUUUGCAGAUAGAUACUCUCCAGCGCUGCGACCAUCCUAGGCUUGGCCCAGUGUCGUCUCAGUGGGGAUGUGCUGAGGCACAAAAGGAAAGCAGUCUGGAGACGUCCUCUCCCGGCCUUGUGGGCGUUGUUAGCUGGUCUGAUCCCGCCCGCAGACCUCGGCGAGGACGGCCACGCGUGGACCAGGCUUAGAGAACCACAGCCGGGCUCACUGCCCGGCGCACGGUCUUCGCGGUCCAGCUGGCGCCGGCGCGGGCGAAGAGUCCAAAUUAGGGAGAGAAGGCAUGAUGACCAGCUCCCCAUUCCUGGAUCCCUGGCCGUCCAAGGCGGUGUCCAUCCGUGGGAACCUGGGCCUUGGGGACCGUCCCAAUGAUUCCUACUGCUAUAGCUCAGCCAAAAACAGCACUGUGCUUCAGGGGGUCACCUUCGGAGGCAUCCCCACUGUCCUGCUCAUAGAUGUCAUCUGUUUUCUGUUUUUAGUCCUGGUGUUUUCCAUCAUAAGGAGAAGAUUCUGGGAUUAUGGCCGGAUAGCCCUGGUGUCAGAAGCAGGCAGUGAAGCCAGAUUCCAGAGGUUGUCGUUGUCAUCUUCUUCUUCCUCAGGGCAACAAGACUUUGAAAAUGAACUGGGAUGCUGCCCUUGGCUGACUGCCAUCUUCCGCCUGACCGAUGACCAGAUCCUGGAGUGGUGUGGAGAGGAUGCCAUCCACUACCUGUCCUUCCAGAGGCACAUCAUUUUCCUGCUGGUGGUGAUCAGCUUCUUGUCCCUGUGCGUCAUCUUGCCCGUCAACCUCUCAGGAGAUUUGCUGGAUAAAGACCCUUACAGCUUUGGGAGGACAACCAUAGCCAACCUGCAGACCAACAAUGACCUCCUUUGGCUGCACACUGUCUUCUCCGUCAUCUACCUCUUCCUUACCGUGGGCUUCAUGUGGCAUCACACACGGUCCAUCAGAUACAAAGAGGAAAGCCUGGUGAGACAGACCCUGUUCAUCACAGGACUCCCCAGAGAGACAAGAAAGGAGACUGUGGAGAGCCAUUUCCGGGAUGCCUAUCCCACAUGUGAGGUGGUGGAUGUCCAGCUGUGCUACAGCGUGGCUAAGCUGAUGUACCUGUGCAGAGAGAGGAAGAAGGCAGAGAAGAGCCUUGCCUAUUACACAAACCUGCAGGCCAAGACAGGCCGACUGACCCUCAUCAACCCCAAGACUUGUGGCCAGUUCUGCUGCUGUGAAGUACAGGGCUGUGAGCGGGAAGAUGCUAUCUCUUAUUACACCCGAAUGAACGACAGACUGCUGGAGAGGAUUACAGCUGAGGAGUGCCGGGUCCAGGACCAGCCCCUAGGAAUGGCCUUUGUCACCUUCCGUGAGAAGUCCAUGGCUACUUUCAUCCUCAAAGACUUUAAUGCCUGCAAGUGCCAGGGCCUUAGGUGUAAAGGUGAGCCCCAGCCAUCCUCCUAUAGCAAAGAGCUCUGUGUCUCCAAGUGGACUGUCACCUUUGCCUCGUACCCUGAGGAUGUCUGCUGGAAGAACCUCUCCAUCCAGGGUGUCCGCUGGUGGCUGCAGUGGCUGGGAGUCAACUUCACUCUGUUUGUGGUGCUGUUUUUCCUGACCACACCCUCCAUCAUCCUGUCUACCAUGGACAAGUUCAACGUCACCAAACCCAUCCAUGCGCUGAAUAACCCUGUCAUCAGCCAGUUUGUCCCCACACUCCUGCUCUGGUCCUUCUCGGCGCUGCUGCCGUCCAUUGUCUACUACUCCACGCUGCUGGAGUCUCACUGGACGAGGUCGGGGGAAAACCGGAUCAUGGUGUCAAAGGUCUAUAUCUUCUUGAUCUUCAUGGUGCUGAUCCUGCCCUCUCUCGGCCUGACGAGCCUGGAUUUCUUCUUCCGAUGGCUCUUUGACAAAACUUCCUCCGAGGGCUCCAUCAGGUUGGAGUGUGUCUUCCUGCCAGACCAAGGCGCCUUCUUUGUGAACUACGUCAUCGCCUCAGCCUUCAUCGGCAGUGGCAUGGAGCUGCUGCGGCUGCCCGGCCUCAUCCUCUAUACCUUCCGCAUGAUCAUGGCCAAGACGGCCGCUGACCGCAGGAAUGUUAAGCAGAACCAGGCCUUUGAAUACGAGUUUGGAGCCAUGUAUGCAUGGAUGUUGUGUGUCUUCACCGUCAUUAUGGCUUACAGCAUCACUUGCCCCAUUAUCGUGCCAUUUGGCCUCAUCUACACCCUGCUCAAGCAUCUAGUGGACCGGCACAACCUGUACUUUGCUUACCUCCCGGCCAAGCUGGAGAAGAGGAUCCACUUUGCCGCUGUGAACCAGGCCUUGGCUGCUCCCAUCCUCUGUCUCUUCUGGCUGUUCUUUUUCUCCUUCCUUCGUCUGGGUCUGAAGGCCCCCGCCACUCUGUUCACCUUCCUGGUGGUGCUGCUCACCAUUCUGGCCUGCAUGCUCUACACCUGCUUUGGAUGCUUCAAGCACCUGAGCCCCUGGAACUACAAGACAGAAGAGUCAGCAAGUGACAGAGGAAGCGAAGCAGAGGCCCACGUGCCCUCGACUUUCACACCCUAUGUGCCUCGGAUUCUGAAUGGUUUGGCCUCAGAGAGGACAGCGCUGUCCCCACAGCAGCAGCAGACCUUAUGGUGCCAUCCGUAACAUCAGUGGGACUCUUCCUGGACAGCUUGUGGCUCAGAAUCCUAGUGACAGUGUGGCCUGUGCCUACCAGGAAUCCUGAGAGUGAGCAAGCUGCUGGUCUGGCAGGCUCUGGGCACUCAGGAGGCCUGAGGGACAGAAGGGACUGUAACUCAGACAGGCUCUUGAGUUCUUUCCUGUUUUAAAGCUCCUGUCUUGUGAGAAGAGGGAACCAGUGGGUCAUGGGGGCUCAGGCCCUUGGCUGAGGGGAUACGGUAGGGCUGCUGUCCCUAUGAGCCUUCUGUAGGUUGCUUUUCUGGUUCUAGUGUGGGGAGCACCUGCAGCUUGCUCCCUCCCUCCCUCGUGUGGUCAUGUGAGGAUAUGCACAUUUAUUCCCCCAUCCACUCAGCAAGGGUACAGUUCUGUAGGUGGGAUGAUGUCCCUAGUGGUUUGUAGCCAAGAUCAUGUGUUGGAAUUUUGCCCUCAGGCUGAUCAGAUUUGGAGACUAUGGGUUGAUGCAGAGUUGUGUCCAGGAAAGCCCAGGACACUGUUUAGCCUUCUGCAAUGACCAGCGAGCCUGAGACGGAGCCCAUGUGGGGUCCUACAAUGCUUCCUCUGCCCCUUCUCAGGGAUCAGUGGACGGCUGUAAGGACAAGGAAGUAUCAUGUCUUUGCUUACAGCAGCAGGGCAGCAGGCGCCUGCCCAUUGGCUAUAUAGCCACCUCUGCACCUGCUGUGUCUCUGGGAUUUUGUAUAGUGUUGCCCAAGAUUCUGUGACUGGGGUCACCCCGCAGUAGGCAGGGGCACUGAGAACCAUUAAUAAAGUACCUAUUGGGCUGGUGGUAAGAUCCCACCUCUCAUGAGUCUUCCA